GUGCUCGAGUGCCUCAAGAAGGCGGCGAAGGAGGGCGGCGACGCGCUCAAGGCCAUGGCGCCAGUCAAGGAGAAGAUCAAGGCGGCGUGCAACCGCUCAAACGAGGAGGAUGGCCUCUCGAACGACACCGCGCAGUCCGCUUGGGCGCGGCACAUGUCCCUCGUCGACGGCUGGAAGGACCCGGGCGCGGAAAUCUGCGUGCGGCCCGACAAGGAGGGGUACGGCAUCUCUGCCGUGACCGCGCUCUCGGAGGCGAGCUGGCCGGCCGUGGAGGUGCCAGUCAUCAAGCAGGCGGCCACGCUGAUGGGCGCGCUGCUCGAGCCGCUGCAAGCGUUUGGGUACGAGCCGGGCAAGAACCUGCGCGCGAUGACCUACGACUGGCGGUGCGCCAUCUCCAAGCUGGAGGAGCGCGACCAGUACUUUUCGCGCCUCAAGAAGGAGAUCGUGGACCUGCACCGGACCAGCGGCCGCGAGGUUGUCCUCAUGGCGCACUCGAUGGGGGACAGG